AUGGCCCAGCAGGCCAGCACCACCUCCCACCACCUCCCCAACGAACACAUCGUCCUCCGCCCGCCCACAGCGCAAAACAUCGCCUCCCUCCGCCGGCUCAACAGCCUGCUCCUGCCCAUAAACUAUCCCAAGUCCUUCUACAACGACAUCCUCGCCUCGCCCACCACAACACGCCUCACACGCCUUGCCGUCUGGCUGCAUAACGUGACCCCCGCGGACCCACCGCCUACUGACGGUGACGGCGACGGCGACGGCGAGCUGCAGCAGCAGGAGGACCCGGGCGUCACUGUCGGCGGGGUGCGCUGCCGGCUUGAGCUGCCGGCUCCGCCGCCGCAGGAGGUGGUGGAGGGGGUAGAGGGGGACGGGGAGGGGGCAGGCGGUGAGGAGGAGGAGGGGGGGAUACAGACCGGGGGAGCGAUAUAUAUUAUGACGCUGUGCACGCUGUCGCCGUACCGGCAUCUGGGGGUGGGCACGCGGCUGGUGGCGAGUGUGCUGAGGGCGGCGGUGGAGAUGGGGUGUAAGGAGGUGUAUGCGCAUGUGUGGGAGGCCAACACGGAGGCACUGGAGUGGUAUCGGAGGAGGGGGUUUGAUGUGGAUACGGGCGAGGUGGUGAAGGGGUAUUAUAGCAAGUUGAGGCCGGCGGGGGCGAGGGUUGUGAGGAGGAGGAUUGGGGUGGGGGAUGCGAUUGCGUUUGCGGCGAAGGGGGAGGCGGACGGGGAGGGCGUGGGGGAGGGAGGGGGUUGGAGGGGACAGCACAGACGAAACAACAUCGACUCUCUCUCGAGACAUCUCGACACCGUGAAGAAGGGAAAGACACCGAAGAAGAAGAAGAAGAAGAAGAAGAAGAAGAAGAAGAAGAAGGAGAACAAGAAGAAGAAGAAGAAGGAGAAGAACAUCAUUGACAGCUUCGAUACACGCAGGCAGACGCUCUCUCGCCGUAAUGGCUUCGUCAAGCCCGUCUGGCUCCAGCGGAGAUGA